AUGAAGAAAAUUGAAGACAAAUUUUUCGAAGAAUCACAACGUUCAUUAAUUUCAUUAGAUCGGCGAAUAUUAACUGAACAACGUGAAAUCAAUAAUAAUUUUACUCAAUUAUGUUUGCAAUCAACAAAACUCGAUCUGAAGGAAUCUAACGAUUCGGAUAUUUCUAUUCUUUGGUUAACUAAUGCUGAUCGAGAAAUCGAUAAUAUGAAUGUAAAAAUCUUUCAUUCUAAUAAUCAUCUUAUCGAUUUUCUAAGUGAAAUUGAACUAUCAAAUGUAUUUUUAAUCGUUGAUCAUGAAUUUCUCUCCAAUAUUUUAUCAUUCUUAGAUGAUUUUAAACAAAUUAUAUUUAUUUAUAUCUUCAUAAAUGAAAAUAUUCUUAAUAACUCUGUAGCAACAGAAUCAAAACGAUCAAUUCGACAAAUUUCCAAUAAUCAAACUGAAUUAUUUCAUUCAGUUCGCGAAGAUAUUGAAAUCUGUCGAAAAGAUUCAAUAUCCUCAACAAUAUUUGAUCUUUUAACAAACGAAGAAUCAUCAACUCAAAGUCAAAAUCGUUCAUUUAUUUGGUUUUAUUUAUUAAUUGAAAAUCUCUUCAAUUUCAAUGUUAAUAAUGAUAAAUCGAAAGAUGAUUUAAUAGAAUACUGUCGUCAACAAUAUCCGCCAACUGAUUAUAUAGAACAAAACUUGAUAACACAAUUUGAAAAAGAAUAUUCAUCAGAAAAUGCAAUUCGAUGGUAUACACGUGAAACAUUUCUCUAUCGACAAUUAAAUAAAGCAUUUCGAAUGCGUGAUAUUGAUGCAAUAUUUCAUUUUCGUUAUUUUCUUUUCGAUUUUCAAAAACAACUUCAAGAACAUUACAAAGAAAAUCAUUCGAUUCAAAUCGUCUAUCGUGGUCAAUCAAUAUCUCAAUUAGAAUUAAUUAAAUUAAAGAAUUCAGUUGGUAAAUGUAUAUCAUUCAAUACAUAUCUAUCAGCAACAUUAGAUAAAAGAGUGGCUUUGAUGUAUGUAGUCGGAUUAUCAUCGAUUUUCUUUGAAAUUGAUGUUAGUUUUACUUCGAAACUCAAAGAUAAAAGAUUUCGUCCGGUUUAUGUUGAAGAUCAAAGUCAAUUUCCUGAAGAAUUAGAAGUCAUUUUUCCAAUUUGUUCAACUUUUUUUGUUGAUUCAAUUGAAAUGAUAGAUAAUCAAUGGAAUAUUAGAUUAAAAUUAACUGAUACAAAUGAUUAUUCACAAAUAAUUGAUUCAAUAGAAACUACGUCUUUUGAAAACCUUCCAUCGAAAUUGAAGUUUCCUAAUUUAUUUCUAUUAUUAAGUGAUAAUGAAAAAGCUGAACGAUAUACUAAUAUGUUGAUAGAAGAUCAUCAAUCACCUUUGGAUCCUUCAAGUUUAGGAUUGAUAUAUACAUUUCUUGGUCAAAUUCAAUUCGAAAAAUGUGAUUAUCAAUCAGCUUUAUCUUAUUUGAAAAAAGCCUUAGAUCAUAUUGAUACAAACAACAAUCCUUAUUGUGCAACAAUAUAUAUUCAUCUAAGUUAUUUAUAUCGAGAGGAAAGGAGUUAUAAUAUUGCUUUAGAUUAUUUAAAUCAAGCUUUAAAAUAUAAGAAUGAAAUUGAUUUAAUCAAAUUAACAGAUUUAUAUAAUGCAUUUGGAAGUGUUUACAAAGAAAUGAAAGAAUAUGAUAAUGCUCUUUAUUAUGUUAAUCAAUCACUAGAAAUUUGUCAAUCAAAUUUCGUAAUUUAUCCACGUUCUUUCGUAGCAUUUCUUCUUCUUGGAUUAAUUUAUAUGGAUAAACAUGAAUAUACGAAAGCUAUACAAUAUUUACAAGAUUCAUUAAAUCUUUCAUUGAAAAUUCUACCAAAAACUAAUCAAGAAUUGAUAAUUUUAUAUACAGCUAUCGGUUUUAGUUAUUCUCAAUCAGAAAAUUCUUCAUUAGCUUUAAUUUAUCUUCAAAAAGCUUACAAUUUAUUAGAAAUUAAUAAAAAAAAUCAAAAACUUAAUCCACAAAUAUAUAUUUAUAUUUGUUAUACAUUUGGAUUAUUUUAUGAUAUGAAUCUGGAUGGAACCAAUACCUUCCGUUACAUAUAUGAAGCUUAUCAAUUUUAUAAAGAAUAUGAAAUAACUAUAUCAAGAACAACUCCUAUGGUACAAGAUAUCUAUCAUAUGUUAGGAAAUCUUUAUCAUAAUCGUUGUGAUUAUACUUUAGCAUUAGAAUUUCUUUCCGAUACUUUGAAAUAUUCAAUGGAUAGAAAUACGCAAAUAUUAAUUAUGACUAGAAUUGGACAAGUUUAUUUAGAUCAAGAUGAUGAAAAAAUGGCUUUGCAAUAUUUGAAUCAAUCAUUUGAACUUAUUUCCAAAACAAAUCAAUCAGAUAUUGAGGAUAAUACAAUGUUUUGGUUUUAUUCACGCAUGUCGAAGUUAUAUGAACACAAAAAGAAUUUUGAAAAAGCGAUUGAUUUUAUUAAAAAAGCAUUUGAAUUACAAUUCAAUGCAACAAAUAAAAAUUCCGUUAGCCUUGUUGAUUGUUUUAGACAAGUAGUUGCGGUUUGUCAUGGACGAGAUAAUAAUUAUAUUGAAGAAAUUAUUAAGAAUUUACAAAUAGAAGAUUUCUCAAUUAAUUCGAAACUUCAUUUUUAUCGAACUAUUGCACAUUAUUACUUAGGGGUAUUACUAAUUUAUGCUAACAGCACAAACAGCCAACUUUUCGAGAUCGCAUGUCGAUCACUGCUACAAACACCCACAACUCGAGGAGUUAUGAACACAAACACCCGCAAACACCCACUUUUCUUAACUUUUAAGAAAGAUAAACCCCUGACAAACUCGAAAAAACCACUUUCCUCAACACUAACACCCAAUAGCUCUCUUGUAGUCCCGACAAACACCCAAACUGGUGCAUACAAACACCCACAGAAUUGCAUAAUCUACAUUUUGACUUAA